UUGUGUACUUGUUUCUCAUGUAGCUAUCUCUAGAAAGAGAAUUAAUGGGACAAGGGCAAGAGCACAAGAGCCGAGCAGAAGCCCAAGUUGAAAUUGAGGAAAGAGGGGAGAUAUUUUUCUUCUACCGGCCUAAGGUUAGGAAGGAAGAAGCUCAUAAUGUUGAUGAUGUACAGCGUCUCUACAUUAUCAUGCAACCAGAGUCUGGUGAAAGGGCGGUAGAAGAGGGUGCCAGUGCCAAGAAAGGCAGCCAGGAAUUAGUAAAUAUUGAACAGCAGUCAUUAUUUCGGCUUAUUGUAAUGGGACGGAAACGACUGCCUGAUCCGAGCGAGAAAAGCCGACCCUAUUGGGGGUUUGUAGAAAUCGUUAGCACAGAUGCAGAUGAUGUGAAGACUGCCCUUCGAGGAUCAGGAGGGGAGCAUGAAAGUUCAAGACAUAGAUGUGGUGCUAGAGCAGUGGGAGAAGGCAUGUAUCGUAUUUUAAGGCACAAAGAGAAAAGAAGUCACACUCAUUUGGUGUACAAGCUUGAAUUUCCGAGUGAAGGUGAAAAGUGUGAACCGCAGGAAUCACUGAAUAUUGAACGCGAGGGGUCAUUCAUAAUUCAGAUAAAGAACCCGGAAAAAGCAGACGAGUGGGGUCUUCCAAAGAAACGGAAAGCUGUCUUCCCUGCCCACCUGCAAGGAAAGCUGGGGCAUGUGAAGUUCGCCCCCGCUGAUCCACCUGACUUUCUCAACUAUGAAGGCUGCGAAUUCUUGCUCAUAUCUGCUUCUGACCACAUUGAAGACGAGUUGGGUCUGCAACUUUUGACGGAACCAGAUGCAUCCUCUUCUGAUCUACUCAAUACUUUUGGAGCUGGAUCAACUACUUCCUUUCUUAAAGGAACUUGGACAUGAAGUCAACUCACUCUACGUUACCCUUACCCUUACUGUACCAUACCAUGUUUGCUCAACUUAGGCGCCUCGCUAAUAUAUAUGUAUUCCUUUCUAGUUUCUAUGGUUGGCAUGUACAUAUAUUGAUGCUUUAUUUUAAAAAUGGAAGAAUCAUCUGAGUGGA